AUGUCGUACUACUGGCCCUCGAUCCUACAGCUGGUCACGUUCAGCCUCGUAGCCAUCAUCAGCCUUGUCCAGAGCAUCUUCGGCAUUAUCCUAAUUAUCGGAGGCUAUUGGGGUGGCAUUGGCGCCAUCAUCCACGGCAUCAUCACGAUUGGUUACUGUAUCUUUGUCUUUGUAUGCCACAAACGCUCCCACAGCGCUUUGAUGUCCACAAAGAUGGAAAUUAUUCUGACCGCCAUCUUGUGCCUGUCAGGUCUCUUCAUCGGCAUCUUCUGCGGUUUGGUCGGGAUUGGCGUUUUCGUCAUUCUCCUCGGCUGGGCCAUUUUCGAGGGCGUUUACGUCGGCACGCGCAAGGUCUCGGGCAAGUGGGGCAUGACGCUGUACGACGUCGCAGAGGUCGACGUGGCUGGCGGAGCUCUCAAGAACAACCAGAAUGCUCAGCACCCGAACCCCCAGCAGUUCCAGCAGUUUGCAUGA